AUGUGCCGAUUAUUAUUAUACAAAGGCAAACAACCCAUUUUACUAGCUCAUCUUCUUACGAAUCCUGCACAUUCCAUAAUCAACCAAUCAUUUGACUCACGAUUACGUAUUGAUCAUCGACGACCUCUCAAUGGGGAUGGAUUUGGCGUUGGAUGGUAUGACAGUGAGGAUCAAGAUAAUACCCAUAUCCCAGGCAUUUUCACGUCCGUGACACCUGCAUGGAGCAAUACCAAUCUUGUCCGUCUCGCAGAAAAGAUCAAGAGCCCGUUACUGUUUGCCCAUGUGCGUGCAAGCACCUCGGGUGCUGUCACUGAAGCCAAUUGCCAUCCUUGGAAUUAUGGACGGAUCAUGUUUAUGCAUAAUGGAGGCAUUGCACAAUUUGAAAAGAUUAAACGGAAACUCCAGAACGCAUUGCCUGAAGAAUUGUUUUUGUUCGUUCAAGGCAGUACUGACUCGGAGUGGGCGUUUGCCUUGUUCCUAAGCUUUCUGGCCAAUCCCAAAGCAGAUACUUUUGAUCAUCAAGAACUCAAGGAAGCCAUGCUAAAGACCAUUGCACAGCUGAACGCGUGGGCGGAAGAAGCAGGAAUCACCGAGCCGUCGCUGUUGAACUUUGCAGUGACGGAUGGAGCGUCGGUGGUCUGUGUACGGUACAUUAGCAGCAAGACCGAAGAGGCGGCGUCGUUGUAUUUCUCGUCAGGCACGCGCUUUGAAUGUUAUCGACCGGGACACUAUCGGAUGGUCAAAGCGGAUCGACGGGAAGAUAUGGUGGUUGUUGCCAGUGAACCCUUGACGUUUGAAGAAGCAGAUUGGUUGACGAUCCCCACAAACACAGUGAUGGUGAUCACUCCAAAGCUCAACGUGCUCCAACAACCGAUCAAGGACAUGUUUUAUGCCGAAGAACGUGGGUUGGAGGUCAAAGUGGGGGGUACUACUACCACCACAAGUACGAGUCAAAACGAUGCUAUUGCCAGAAUACCAGAACCACACGCCCAAAUGAUGGCCCAUCCUAUGAGUCAAUUGGCAGCAUGCUCUUCAAUCUCUUAA